UCCGAUACAACACUAACAAUGAAGUCCAUGAUUAUUGUCGCAGUUUUGGCCUCCCUGGCGGUCGCCAGCGCCAAGCCUUUCCUUGGCGAAUUAGGAGCUGGUCUUGGUGAAGUAGGAGCUGACCUGGGCGCCGGCCUUGGUAACAUCGGAGCUGGACUUGGUGUUGGGAUUGGAGAAAUCGGAGCUGGUCUUGGACUCGGAAGGCUUGGCGGCUAUGACGGUGGGCUGGGCGGUAUUGGCCUCGGCGGUCGGGGUGGCCUGGGGCUAGGUUUCCUGUAAUAACUUUAUUAACAGAUCCCAGUCUUUAUAAAUAAAUGUUUUUACACAUACUGUAAUGUUUAUGUUU